AAAUCUACGGAAAAUACGGGGCCCAAUGGUGGUGAAGGAAUCAAUGCUGCCGUCGCUAAAGUUCUUCAAGGAUUUGAUUGGACCCGUGUACCCAUUGCUACCAAGGGCCCCGGUGACAAAAGGAGGGCACACGUUAAAAGACCCAUGAACGCUUUUAUGGUAUGGGCACAGGCUGCUAGACGGAAACUAGCUGACCAACAUCCACAACUUCACAAUGCCGAACUGUCGAAAUAUUUAGGACAAUUAUGGCGAAAUCUUCCCGAUAGCGAUAAGAAACCAUUCAUCGAAGAAGCCGAUCGUCUUCGAGUGAUACACAAACGUGAACAUCCGGAUUACAAGUAUCAACCGAGACGACGAAAACCAAAUGGAUCAUCAGGCCGAGAGAGUUCACCAACGAGAAGUAGAACUCAUGUAACUUAUAUCGUUCGGAGGUCCUUGAAACAAGAGGACAUGAGUCCUAGAGGAGUACAAGGACCAAGUUCACCCCAGAGUGCAGUUAAUUCGUCCCCAUCUACGACACCUAAUCAAGGAUUGUCACCAUUAACACCACCUGCUACACCUAGGAGUCAACAUUAUGCUAAUCAGGGGGGUAAUCAACAACAACAGAACAAUACGUUUUAUCAUCAAGAAUUGGUAAACACAACUACUACGUCAGUCGAAUCACCUCAACAACAACAACCCGGGGUUGAUUUUCGAUACAUCGAAGUAGGAGAUGGUCUACCAGUCGAGGAGAAUCAAUUGAACGGUCUUGGAAGUUUAGGUGGUAUUGGUUUGAAUCUUCCUCUCAAUCUUCAAGAGUGCGAGGUCGAGAGUAACGAGUUGGACCAGUAUCUGCCACCUCAAGUGGCACCGGUUCAAUAUCCACCUGCUCCACCGACUACUACGAAUCAGUGGAUACUUAACAGAUACGAGGAAGAAACCGAAAGGCCAAACCAACGUCACUGUAACGAACACCCAAUAAACGAAAUCUUUUGGGAAGACAGAACCCAAGAGAUGGUCAGGUAUCACGAAUUGCAGCCACCGUUGCCACCUGUUGGUCACAUAACACCAGCACACAAUUCCCAACAUCAUUCGAUGCAAAUGGCUCAUCCUUAUGCUACGUAUCUUCGAUAUAACUUUGAUAGAUCUAAUUAUUUAUAG